AUGUAUGUGGCCUUUGUCACCAAUCUGAUUGGAUACGAAGAUCAAUUGCAUCGAGAAGUUGCUUAUCAAGAUUUAUCUGCGUCAUUCGAUGCCGAGGAAAUUCUGUUGCAUGGUUCUGUUGGAGGCAUUCAGAAUCAGAGAAAGCAAUUAUUUAGAGAGCUUCCAACCUCCACAGUUUUCUACACGAAAUCCCAAGAAACCCCGACAGAAGAUCAGGGGCACAAAUACAUUUGCAUCAAGAAAUAUGAUAAAAAUUUUGCAAAUGUCUUAGAUGAUAAUAUAAGCCACGAAAAUCAGUACGAAACUACAAGUAUUUAUCAAAUGUUUGAAGAUAAACAUAAAAGAACUUCAUUCAAGCUUAAGGAAGAUCGGAAAUCACCAGAAUUGACGGUCAGUAGAAACACGGACAUAAAGAUUGCUCCACUGUCAAAACAGUUGCCAAGACAUUCCCGUAAGAGCAGCGACGACACAAACGAAGCACAUUCAGCAAGACACAGUGAAAAUACAGUCUCCCAAAUUUAUAUUGACCACACACAAGAUUUACACUGCAUCGAAACAUAUGACGAAAAAGAUGACGAUGAAAAUGAUUUGAUCACCACUAAAAUUCACGAACCUGUUAAACAAAAUCGUUUGCUUAAAUACGAGAGGAAAGAAUCUAAUGAUGAAAAGGAAAUUAGAAAAACACCAGUUGAAAAUGAAAUCUUUGGUAUAAGAGAUGACUUUACAAAAGGUAUAAAUUAUCAAGAUCAGCCCGAUAUUAUCGGCGAUGUAUCUCCGAUUUCAGAUAGCAAUCGAUAUAGCGUUCAAAAUUCCUUCAGUGAAAGUGGAAAGGACAUCGUAGAAGACUUUGGCCAGCAAAAUGAUGUUAAAAAGAUAAAUACGAUUGAGGGUGUUGGACAAUUUGAAAAGUCUGGUGAUAAAUUUCAAGAAAAAACAAAUGGACUAGAUGAUGUUUCUUCUAACAACACCAAUGAAUGGGAUAUGGACAUUUCUGAUUUAGAAUCUGAAAGUUCAAUUGAAACAGAAACUGAAGUACAAUCAAAUACUGAUUCAAAUACUGAAGUGAAACAGCCACACCGCCAUAACAUUCAGAGGAGGAAGGGUCCAAGAUAUGACUCCAGAAGGAAGUAUCUCAGUGUACAUACCCCUAAAAGAAACCUCAGAACAAGUCUGUCAAACGCUGACAGUAUAGGAUAAAGAUAAUAUAUGCAA